AUGGGCAGCAUCGGAAUCCCCAUCAAGCUCCUGAACGAGGCCCAAGGCCACGUCUGCACGCUCGAACUCACGUCGGGCCAAAUUUUCCGCGGCAAGCUCAUCGAGGCGGAAGACAACAUGAAUGUGCAGCUGCGCGAUAUCACGGUGACCGCGCGCGACGGCCGCGUCUCGCAUCUCGACCAAGUGUACAUCCGCGGAUCGCACGUACGGUUCUUCAUCGUGCCCGACAUGUUGAGGAACGCCCCAAUGUUUAGAUCGAGGACGGUUCGUGGACGAGGUGUGGGUUUGGCCAGAGGAAGAGCUACGGUGAAUAGGGCGAGGGGUCAGAGGGCUGGUCGUGCGUAG